CAGUUGCAGUUUGCACACAUUUCUUCCCCAAAGUAAACUGGUUCAUUACUCAGGAUCAGAAAAGAUCCGUGCAUCAGACUCGAAUUCAAACUUUGAACCAGGAACACUUCACCGACUAAACAAACAUUUUUUUUUUAAAUCAUCUCCUCAAGUAGUGUGGCAACAAUGGACACAGAGGACGGGAAUGGUGGCUACAAAAGUCUUUUAAUGGAUGGCACCAAGCCUCGACAUUCAGGUCACGCAACACCAAAUGUUUAUGCAUUGAAAAACAGUCCUUUCAGGGCUGCUACGCUCUGCCUUGAGUUGCUGUGUGUUGUUCUGGUGACCGGGCUCAUGGGUCAAUCAGUCCAUUGCCAGGGAGUAAGUAAAGACACUCGAACUCUGACGUUGGAAAAAGCAAAUUUGCAGGCCACAUACACGACACCCAGCAACGCCACAGAUGAAUUAAUGGCUUCCUACAAUUCCACUGUGGAAGAGAAACAAGAAUGUGAAAAGACUUUAAAAAAUGUGACUGCGGAGAGAGACUUGCAGAGAAUGGUCAUCACCAACCUGACUGCUGAGGUAGAACAGCUGAGGGCUGCCAUCACCAUACUGAAGGCAAUGAAAGAUAAGACCUGUCCCAGUGGCUGGAAGAAGUUUGGGACAAGCUGCUAUUAUUCUUCUCCUACGACAACCAAGAAGACAUGGUCCCAGAGUAGAAGCGACUGUCAAGCAAAAGGCGCUGACCUGGUCAUCAUAAACAGCCAAGAGGAAAAGGAAUUUGUUAAUGGUUUGUAUUCAAGUUACAAUGAGGUCUGGCUCGGACUGACUAAUCAUGGUAUAAAGGGCCAGUGGAAGUGGGUGGAUGGAACCUCUCUGACAACAGCGUAUUGGGCUCCUGGCCAGCCCAACGGUUUUGUUGAAGACCAAGACUGUGUGGAGUUUUUCUCAUCAGAAAAGGCUGAAUGGUUCGAUGAUGAAUGUAAGGCAGGGAAAUAUUGGGUGUGUGAGAUGUAGCUAUACAUGCAGUCCAUUCAUUUAGAAAAGCUUACAUUUAAAGAGUACAGUUGUACCUCGGUUAACGUCCGCCCCGGUUAGUGCGUUUUUCGGUUACCAUCUAGUUAACAUCCAAAAUUGUUGCUAGGUGUCUGGAACAGAUGAAUUUACAUUACAUUAUUUACAUUAUUUUUAUUUACAUUAUUCAAAAUUUGCUUUGUUACAGUCCAUUUUGAUUUGAGUCAGAUGUUCUGGAACAAAUUCAUGACGUUAACCAAGGUACUGUAGUUGUUUUGGCUUGUUCAAAAGGAAAUUCUUCUACUGUCUUUUUUACAUUCUAAAUGUACUCAACAACCUGAGAAAACCUCAAACAACAGGCAUAUCGCUAAUCACCCACAGCUUUAAUCACAGGUAACAGUAGCAGUUAAUGUUGAGUUGUUGCUUUUUUUUUACCUAGAUCGUUGUGUUAAUCACGGUUGUAUACACUUACAAU